UGUUCAGGAUAUGCUGUAUGUUUGUGCUGGAGCUCAGCUGUGCUUUAGACCUGUGUGUUUUAUUUCUAUAUCAUAGCAUCACCAAAAUGAUCUUCUCAGUAGUUAUUCUCAUGCUUAUUUCUGUUGCGGCAUCAGAAGGUCCUUCAAUAACCCCAAGCACUGUUAUAACAGCUAAAGAGACACAGCAGCCCGACAGUUCAACAGUCCAGUCCACAAACCCUGGAGAUACUUCUCAGACCACAACACAACUAAUCAUAAUUCAACAAACAACACAAAUGGAUGUCAUAAACAACACUCAGAAAGCCACUUCACAAUCUACCUGGCCCCAGACAUCUGAACUGACAACAUCCGAACUGAAAAUCACCACUGUCAGCUCUAGUGAAAUGACAUUUCCAGCAGAACCAAACAGCACAGCCAACAACACAGCUCAGGGAGACAGAGAGGAACAAGAUUUGGCAGCAAAUCCAGGGCUGGUUGCAGUGCUGUGUAUUUUCUGCAUUGUGGUGGCUGUAGUUGUUGUGGUUGUGAUAGUGAAGGCUGUUCGCUCCAGGAGACCACAGUUUGAGAGGAUUGAUGAUGUACUUAUGGGCAAGGUAAAUGAGGAAGCACCAUUUGCCCACUACUCUCCAAAAUAAAUGCCAGUUUCUUAUGCCUGCUGUCUCAGUGAACGACGUAGCUAUGCCUCUGAUAUUUAGCUUUUUGGUUUUGAAACGAAAUGUGCCUUUUUAACCUACAGACUUAAUGUGCAAUACCCAGUGUUUAGUUAGGAAAUAUAGUAAUGUUGUGCUUCUUUUUUUCCCUUAAAAUACCACAGCCAAUGACAAAAUUAUAGUCAAAUGAAGAAAUCAAACUUUAUAUGUCCUAAAUUUGUGUAUUGUUUAUGCCAUUUUCUUCUCUUGUAAGCCCUUUUUGAUUAAAACAAUUUUUUUGACAAAAUCUGCUGAAUUAAUACAUGUAAUUUGAAUGUAAAUGUACAUAAUGAGGAUUGCACUGUCAAUAUUUGUGAGAGACUAUGAUGGGAGUGUGACAUUUUCAGCUUGUCCUCCAGAUGGCGACAAAAUUGUUCACAAGCAGUUGUACUGUAUGUAUAAUGUGGUCAUAAAGACCUGCUCUUUAAUAUUAUUUGAGAACUGAGGGUUAUGUUUUUGCUCAAAAUAACAAAUACCUUUGGCCAAGGACUAACUCAAAUGAAUUUAAAACAUUUCGACAAAAGUAUUGUAAAUAAACCUACAUUUUGCAAUAAA